AUGUCAAUUUUGACUGGAUUUCGUAAAUUCAUAAAAUCCGUCAAAUCGUCUAAAGAACGAAGGAAGGGCAGUAAAACUUCAGGUUCGGAAAAGUCCGGUGGUACAGUCAGCCAGCAAAGUCAUAAAACAAAUGAACCUUCUUCUAAUUCUACGGAGUUUCCUGGACUUGAAAGGUUUCAAGUGAAGGAAAAGCUGGGAGAUGGAGCCUAUAGCAAGGUAUAUAAAGCGUAUUCCUUCGAUCUUCAAGAAGACGUUGCCGUCAAAGUCAUUCGCAAGUACGAAAUGAAUUCGAAACAGAAAAGCGGUGUACACAAGGAAGUGAACAUAAUGCGGAGAAUUCAUCACAAAAAUAUUGUUUCUCUAUUGGAUUUUAUUGAAGUGAAAGAUUUCUUCUAUCUUAUUCUGGAACUUGCUGAAGGAGGAGAAAUAUUUCACAAGAUUGUUCAUUUCACUUACUUUUCAGAAGAACUAGCCAGGCAUGUCAUUAUCCAAAUAGCAGAAGCGAUACAACAUCUUCAUGAUGUAUGCGGUAUCGUUCAUAGGGACAUCAAGCCUGAAAAUGUGUUGUUUAAGCCGACUAAUUAUCAUCCCUCAGAGAAUUACCAGGCGCCUCCUUUGGAUCCAAACAAGCGUGAUGAAGGUGCCUUCAUACCCAGAGUUGGUGGAGGUGGUAUUGGAAAAAUUAUGAUUGGUGAUUUUGGUUUUAGCAAAGUUGUUUGGAACACAAAAACAUCUACUCCUUGCGGAACUGUGGGUUAUGCGGCGCCGGAAAUUGUUAACGACGAACUUUACUCAAAAAAUGUAGAUAUGUGGGCUUUAGGCUGUGUUUUGCAUACGAUGUUGUGUGGGUUUCCACCUUUUUUUGAUGAUAAUGUUAGAGUAUUAGCGUCCAAGGUUGUGAGAGGCGAAUUUGAGUUCCUAUCUCCUUGGUGGGAUAACAUAUCGGAAUCUGCAAAGGAUUUAGUUGCUCAUCUACUUACCGUGGAUCCAAGAGAACGGUAUGAUAUCCACCAAUUUUUUCAACAUCCAUGGAUUCGCGGUGAACCGAAGAUGCUUUCAGUUCCAUCCCACAAGCCAAAAUUCUAUACGCGUUCUAUAGAUUCUACAUCUUCUUCACCUGGCAGAAUGACAUCUGACUUAAAAGAGCGACCAAGGAGAACAAUGAUUUCCCGUUUGUCCAGUGCUUCUAUGCAUAAAUCACCCUCCAUUACUACAUUGAGUGAUGCAAUGAUGGUUGCUUACGACGUUCGUCGCUCAAACUUUCCAAUGAGUCAUGCCCAUAAGAAAUCCAAACCUUCAAGAGCUAACUCAGUAGCGGAGCUAAUUGUUGAAGAAGAUUCUGGUGAUGAACAAGCAGGAAACAGUUUUCCCUUUAGCGAUAUUUCCAAUAGUGAUGAUAGAGACUCUUUUCAGUUGGAUCUUGCUCAAUCAUCCCUUAUUUCUAGAAGAUCUGCUCGACGACGUCCAAUGUAAUUUUGAGUUUCAGGCCAUUUGAAAUGGCGUUCAUUUAUGUAUGAAUCGGGUUGGCUUGGCAUAACAUAUCUCCUGGUAACAUUAUUUUCUUUUUCAUUUCUUCUCUCUCUUUCAUGCGGUGACGCCUAGCAUAACAAUCGUUGCUCGUUUUUAAGUCUCAUCAUUUUAUUAACUAUGCGAAACGGUCACGCUUUCAAAGGACCCUACACUCUUUAAUAUUUUUCUUCCUACUUUUCUAUAUUCUUCUGGUAUCUAGUAAUGUAUAAAAUUUUCUAACUCACUUUGCUA